UUCCAAUCUGUCACAAUGGCCGCGCGUGGGCUGGGGCUGUUCCUCGCAUCCACAGGCAUGGCCUUCAAUGGAUUACUGGGGAGUACUAAUCUUUACACGUACAGUCCACCGCCGCCCCUUCCGACGACCUUCUUUAAUCACCCGUCGGAAAAUCUUAGCUCUGCUUCUCCUCAACAGGUGCAUAUAUCUUCAGUUGGCGAAGAUAAAAUGAGGAUUUCAUGGAUUACCACUGACAGCCCAACGCCGGCCACAGUAGAUUAUGGUACAUCUCCUGGGGUAUACAACUUUUCUGCAACUGGGAGUACCUCUUCAUACAAUUACAUGUUGUACAUCUCCGGCGACAUUCAUGAGGUUUUAAUUGGUCCGUUGACGCCCGAUUCAGUAUAUUACUACCGUUGUGGCUCAAAUCCCUCCCGUGAGUUCAGUUUCAAAACCCCGCCAGCUCAGUUCCCGAUCAAAUUUGCUGUUGCCGGUGAUCUUGGACAGACUGGGUGGACCAACUCAACCCUCCAACACAUAGCAGAAUCGAACUACGACAUGUUGCUGCUGCCAGGAGACUUAUCAUAUGCAGAUGUCUACCAGCCUUUAUGGGAUUCAUUCGGCAGGCUCGUCGAGCCACAGGCAAGCCAGCGGCCAUGGAUGGUGACGCAAGGCAACCACGAGGUUGAGAAGCUCCCUGUAUUCCACUCCAAACCCUUCACAGCCUACAACGCAAGAUGGCACAUGCCAUAUGAAGAGAGUGGGUCGGGCUCGAACCUCUACUACUCUUUCAAUGCAGCCGGGGUCCACGUCAUCAUGCUGGGCUCGUACACGGAUUUUGGUCCUGGUUCGCCGCAGUAUCAGUGGUUGCAGGCAGACUUGGGGAAGAUCGAUCGGAAAACGACUCCGUGGACAGUAGUGCUUAUUCAUGCGCCAUGGUAUAAUUCUAAUACUGCUCAUCAGGGGGAGAAAGAGUCCGUUGAUAUGAAGACUGCCAUGGAAGAGGUGCUUUACCGAGCUCGCGUGGAUGUUGUUUUUGCCGGACAUAUUCAUGCCUAUGAGCGAUUUACUCGCGUUUAUAAUGGGAAGGCUGACAAUUGUGGUCCUGUGCAUAUCACCAUUGGGGAUGGUGGGAACCGUGAAGGCCUUGCCAGCAACUAUAUAAACCCAAAGCCCGAUAUAUCCAUUGUGAGGGAGGCGAGCUUCGGGCAUGGGCAGUUGGAGAUGGUGAAUGAAACCCAUGCGUUUUGGUCAUGGAACAGAAAUGAUGACGAUGAGGCAAUUAUUAGUGACUCCAUCUGGUUGAGAAGCCUAUCGUCUGACCCUGCUUGUGAAAUGCAAAAGUAGAUUGGGAAUGUUACAAUAUAUUUUGAUUUUAUACUGUUUUUAGUAUGGGUCAAUUUAUGUUUUCUUGUAUAACUCAAUUUAGAUUUAUUUGUACAUAUAUAAGAGCAUAAUAUAGUCUUAGAGGGGUUAUUCAGAGCGGUGAACGUAU